AUGGCCGCAACGAAGACCGACGAAGUCGCCGACCUGAGCGACAAGCUGAAGAAGGCCGAGCUGAAGGACAACGGCGAGCGUCGCCGCCGCCAACAGCGCCAAAUGAUGACCGAAGAGGAGCUGCAGGCGUUCCUGGCCGAGAAGGAGAAGAAGAUCGUCAAGCGCAACGUGAAGGGUACCGUCAAGUGGUACUCCGUCCUGGGCCACUACGGCUUCAUCGGAACCGACUACGGCUUCAUCGGAACCGAGACCGAGGAAGACGUCUUUGUGCACCAAACGUCCAUCGCCAAAUCGAAGACUGAAAAGUACUACCUGCGCACCCUUGGCAACGGUGAAGCGGUCAAGUUCGACAUUGCCGAGAGCGACAAAGGACUGGAGGCCGUCAACGUCACCGGACCGGACGGCGGUGAAGUGGUCGGCUCGCGCUACCACCUUCUUCAGCUGCCCUGGUUCCGUCAAGCGUUCUUCGAGCGCAAGAAGAACGUCAUCAACCGCAAGGCUGGUGACGACGAGCAGAAACCGCGCGGACGCAACGCCAAUUCGCAAAACGACCGCGACGGCAAGGCGGAUCGGAAGCCGGCGCGCACCCGCAAGCCUCGCCGCAACUCCAACAAGCAAGAAAAGGCAGAGAAGGCCGGUGAGCGUCGCCGCCGACGCACCGUCUCCAAGACCGGAAGCGAGGCAAGCAACAAGGACACCACCGCGGACCCUGCUGCCGGCGACACGACCCGAAAGAAGACCAAC